AUGUCAGAAGAGGAAGAAACGCAUAAUCAAUUGGAGCCCACAACUUCUCAAUUGAGCGACACAACUCUUAAGGAAUCACAAACUUUACCACUACCACCAUCAUCAUCAUCGCCACUGCAAACAACACCAGACGAUAUCCCAUUUGAGCAGCUAGUGGAGAAUAUCGAGUCAGGUGCCAGGGAUGCUAUUGAGACAGGUGAUUACUUGUCAUAUAGCACUCUUUUAGAUAUAUACCUAUCUGACCCUUUGAAAUAUACCAACGCCGAAAAGGAGUCAUUGCUUCAGCGCGUUUUGGACACAUUGAAACAACAUACCAAACUUACAUAUGAAAUUGGAUGGGAUUUGCCGAACUUGAUAAUCGCAUAUGUGGACCUGGGUUACGAUUUCAACCAGAGAUUGAGAGAUGCACCCUGUGUUUAUAAGAUUAUGAAAAUUUUCGAGGUGCUUGCCCUUGAAGGGAACCCAAAGGAGUUGUUUUUAAAGAGUUGUGAGUUACUUCAGAGUCUUCGCGUGUAUGGUGGAUUAAAAGAUGAGGAAGAAGAUGAGGAGGAAGAAGAAGAAGAUGAGGAGGAAGAAGAAGAAGAAGAGGAGGAAGAGGAAGAAGAAGAAAAGGAAGAAAAGGAUGAAGAAGAAGAAGAAGAGGAAGGGAAAAAUGAGGAAAAAAAGAAACAUACCAAUGUCAUUGGUGAAGGUGACAAAGAAAGUUACAAAGGCGACGAUAUAAUCAUGCACAAGGAGAAUGUUUUAGAUAUCAAAUUAUACUGCGUGAUCAAUUUGGUUGACGCAUGCAUGAAGAGAAUUCAUACCCUAUACCCAUCGAGAUUCCUUGCAAUGGCAAUUAGUUCUUUUGUAAACCUCGUGUACAACCUUAACAAAAUUGAGGGCACACGUGGACAUUUUAGGUUUGUUCUUCAAAGAGCAUAUACUUUCAUUCGAAACUAUACUGGAUUGCCCGAGCCUAAGGAUUUGAGUGAAUAUUCUGCAGAAGAUUUGAAAAAAAUUAGAGAAGACGAAUCGUAUUUGCAACGCAGGCUCUUGACGGGGUUUGUUACUAAUGUUAUUACUAUGUGCACUACGCAACACCCACAGGGCUUUGCAAUGGACUAUUUCAAUAGUUUACAACAAAGAGGACCGAACCACUCGACUUAUACCAACGAACACGACAGAUCUGUUUUGGAACGAUGGGCAGAGUUGGCAUACUCGUUUGAUUUGUAUUUGAAGACAGAUUUUGAAAAAUUUGUUCAGGAAAGCAGGAAGUUUAUCUUGAGUACUGAUCUUUCCAAAGACAAGGAUGAGGCAAUGGGUAUAUUGUUUGAGAGAUGCAUAAUCGACUACCAAAAGUACGUGCACACCAACAUUGUGAAUAAUUCGGCUAACAAAACCAUACAAACAUCCAUCUUGGGAGAGCUUAUCUUAUAUACCAACAAGGUGCUGGCUGUUCUAGACGAAAAGAAAGAGCAGAAGCCCCAAAAGAAGCUGCAAGGUGGUGAGAUGAAAUUGAGUCUCAGCGAUGUGAUAUACACUUCAAUAAGACUACUCAUUCCGCAAAUUGUGCAGCCCACAUUUGUGCAAAAAUCAGUUUCAGACGUGUUGGGGUACUGGACAUGGGUUGCACUUGCAAAUACAUCUACAAAUGAACUUCGUUUGGAGCUUGCGACCGUGCCCAGUGCACUUUUGCCAAUAUAUUACCUGGGUUUACUCUUUUUAUUAAUGCAAUCACAGGAUAAACCAACAUGGAGAUAUAUGCUCUUGACUUUGCUUACAAAAUUAUUGUUUCUUAGUCCCGAAGAAGUUGGAUAUGCUUUUAUAAAGGAUUCAUUGGAAAAUUGUCCUUAUGAACAAGUGAAAGUUCCACUUUUGGGUAUUUUUAAGGAACUCGUAUUGCAGCUGCAAACCAGUGUUGAUCAAUUAGACAUGUUCAAAGCAUCCAUCAAGGACGAAAAAGAAUUAGACGAAAAGCCCAAUAAAGAGAAAGUGGAUAGCAGUGAAUUUAAGCCAGAGGACAAGGGAAAUGGAAAACAAACUGCUCCUACGCUACCACCAAGAGCAAACUCAUCUUCUCCAAAACAAUAUUAUACGUUGAAUCUGGAAAAAGUAGAAGAUUUUGUACACUUGAUGUUGAUGGCACAAACCGAGUGUUUUGCACAACGCAAGGAUGACAAAACAAUUACCAUCAACCCUGGUAAGCUUUCGCCCGUGGCGGCAUAUUUGAAUUUCUUUGUUGUGUUGAAGCGUAAUGACGCAAUUGUUAAAGGUAAAGAGAAUGUAGAAAGAGUUUUGCGGGUCAUUGAAGGGAAUUUGAACUCGGUGAAAGAAAAUAGUGGAAACCAGUUUGAAAAAAAUGCUGCAAUAAUGCUUCAACUUUCCAUUGAUAGAUUUAGAGAAUGA